UUGCAAUAAUCCACCAUCCCUGCGAUCAGAGCAUGAUGAUCGUGAAGGUGAUUAAACCAGAUUCCACGAAAACAGUGGGAAUAUCUUACCAACUAUGAAACUUGACUCUGUGGCUCCAGAGAGCCCGCUUCCGCUUCCACCAGGCUUUACCGACGUAGAGGAAUAUGUUGAUUCGCUGCUGAUUUUCACCACGUCUUCUCCAAUUCUCCACACGCUGUGCGGUGGCGUGCACAUCCUUGACUUUUUGACGAGGUCGCCAGAUCUAUAUUCUUCCGUCAUCCCCGCCUCUUGGCGACAGUGGUUCGCGCACGUCGACGUCCAAGAUGUCCUGGACCUUCUCAUGCGGGAAGACCAGGCACGGCUCGAAGAGGCUGCCAAGGCUGGUCGGCAAUGGCGAGGUCACCCACCGCCUCCUCCAAGCCUGAUCGAGUACGUUCGGAGCGUGAAGAAGCACCUGUUGAAUCGUGAGUUCGAGCCCCUGGCCUCGCGGCACGGCGAGGCCAGAUCGAACAAGCAGAUCUUUGCAGGCAUGAACCCGAAGAAGAUCCACGAGGUGGACAACUUUGCUCGAUACGUGGACAGCCUUGCCUCUGACAUUGACUGUCACAAUGGCCACUGCGUCACCCACCUGGCCGAUUUUGGCGCCGGGCAGAACUACCUGGGCCGCGUCCUGGCGAGCGCCCCGUACAACCGCAACAUAGUUGCCAUUGAAAGUCGGGCGCACGUCGUCGAAGGCGCGAAGGGUCUAGAUGUGAACACGAAGGUGGUGAAGAAACCACUGGUGAUGCGUAACAAGAAGUUGUUCCGGGCCAGAAAAACGGCGGGGCGGAACGAGCCAUCGUCUACUCCCAAGGGCGGCUUUGGUAGUGGAAUCGAGUGUGAGAACUCUCCUGACAACCGGGUGGAAAUUUCAGAUGACACAAGCGUGGUUGGCAAAACACACGCUGUUGGGCAGUCUGAUCUGGAGCCAUCGCGAGUGGACCGGCAGGGGCACGAUGAGUCUGAGGAAACGACGCAAGCUGGGGGCGGAACUAUUCAGUACAUUGAGCACCGUAUAGUGGACGGCGAUCUUUCUUCCGUCAUAGAACACAUCAAGGUCCCAUCGCACGCGAAUAGUUCGCAACGGGAGACAGAAGCGCCCGCCGUUGCUUAUGAAUGUGGAUCACGAACAGUAACUCGCGCAGAGCGGACCGAGCCGGUAACACCAGGCAGAAAUUGUCGUGAGGGAUAUCCUGUCGUCAUGGUAAUUUCUCUACAUUCGUGUGGUAACUUGGUUCAUCAUGGUCUGCGAACUCUUGUUUUAAACCCUUCGGUGAAAGCCGUUGCCCUCGUAGGGUGUUGCUACAACCUGAUGACGGAACGACUAGGACCCCCUACCCACAAACUACAUCGGAGACGACAUCAUCCACGUCUCGAUGCCACAGCUGGAACCUACGACCCCAACGGUUUCCCAAUGUCUGAACGCUUUGUCCGCUACAAGUACCGCGUCAUACCACAUCCAGACUUCUCACUCGCCAAAUCGUGCGAUGAAAAAGCACUAGCAGGCUGUGAGUCAUCCGAAUUCCAGGCCGAAGCAAUGGAUGACACGUCCUGCGACGACAUCAUCGAAGGAAUAAGACUGAAUAUCACGGCUCGCAUGAUGGCAGUCCAGGCCCCCGAAAACUGGACAGAGGGAGAGAGCUCAUCGUUCUUCAAGCGACACUUCUAUCGUGCGGUUCUGCAGCGUAUAUUUUUGGAUAAGGGUGUCGUAAGCGCUCCGCCAAAUCAAGAGGACGACAUGGGGUGUAGUCCAGCUGGGUCGUCGUGGGGAUUGGCGAACAGUGACGGGGGCGGCACUGCACCCAUCGUGAUAGGAAACCUCAAGAAAAAAAAUUACGAAUCUUUCAACACAUAUGUUCGCGGUGCAGUGGAGAAGUUGAUCGCUGGAGGCGGAGAGAUUGCCGAAGUGAUCGAAGCCAAGGUUGGCAACAUGAGUGAUGAUGAAAUCAGGAGCUAUGAACAAAAAUACUGGGCACGGAAGAAAGACAUGAGCAUUUUAUGGAGCAUGAUGGCCUUUUCUGCUGGUGUGGUGGAGGCGAUGAUUGUGGUUGAUCGCUGGCUCUGGCUCAAAGAACAGGCGUGUAUCAAGCACGCAUGGGUUCAACCUGUGUUCUCCUAUGCUUUGUCACCGCGCAACCUCGUCAUCGUUGGUAUAAAGUGAGUUUGACCUCUCCUGAAAUAGAAUCCGCGUCAUGUAGAUGGUAAGGACCGAAGAAAUAUGUCCGACUGGCUACAAAGUGUUCUCAUCAAGAUUUUACUACACACCGAUGAAGUCAAAACUCAACAACUGGCCUCCCCUUAUAUUAAUCUCUGCUCUUUCUCAAGGUGCAAAACGAAAACCCACGAAGAAACAUCCGAUCCCCAUUUCAACGAAUGGAUGGUAAUGUGUAUCUCGUCCAGACGGGCAGCUAAGUAGAUAUUGGUAGAACUGGCGACAGCCCAGCUAGAUCGAGAAUUGCACUUUCAACGCCAGGAUCUAUCCGGUUCGGUGGGCUUGCUUUACACUAGUAUUACUC